GUUAUAGAACAUAGAACAAUUAACAACACACGUCAUUACGUCACUGCGUCACACCGUCCGACGUUCCCACCAGAAUUUCACGUAUUAACAUACAGAUGGUCUUCGUUAUGGUACCGUAUACAGUUUUGGGUGUUUUUAUUUUUAUUUUUUUAUGAACGCUUCAAUUGCAGUUAAUUAUUUGUCAUGCUGUACGUGCAAAUAAACGACUGCUUGAAGCCUUGGGCUGCGUCCCAAACCGCAUUCUUACCUGCUAUAUAGUAGCUGAGAUACAUGUAUUUCGCCUACUAUAUAGUAGGAAAGUACGCGGUUUCGGACUUAGCCGUGCUCUCUUGUUUGCCGUAAAACGAUUGAGCACUGCUGUGUGUAUACAUGUCCUUUCACAAAAUGUGGUGAAAACUCCCACACGACGUUAAUAGUGUGAUUAAGGUGUUUACAUGUCUUUUAACACACGAUGAUAAUGCAACUAAAAUAGGAGUACUCCAUCCAUCCAUCCAUCUUCUACCACUUACUCCUUCUUCAGGGUCGCCAGGGAACCUGGAGCCUAGGCGGGGUACACCCUGGACAGGGUGCCAGUCCAUCACAGGGCACAAUCACAUACACACUCACACACCCAUUCAUACACUACAGACACUUUAGACACACCAAUCCACGUCUUUGGACUGGGAGAGGAAACCCCUCACAGCAUGGGGAGACCAUGUAAACUCCGGCAGGAAUCAAACCCCGGACCCUGAAGGCGUGAGGCGAACAUGCUAACCACUAAGCCACCGUGCACCCCAUAGGAGUACUCCACAUGUCUUAAUUCGACUUGGGUUUCCUACGAGUAUGACUAAGGAUGUCCAUUGUAAGUAUCAUUGCCAGGGAGAUCCUGGACUCUCGAGGAAACCCCACAGUUGAGGUGGACCUGAGGACUGAAAAAGGAUUGUUCAGGGCUGCUGUUCCUAGUGGAGCGUCUACUGGCAUAUAUGAAGCGCUAGAACUCAGAGAUGGAGACAAGAGUCGGUUCAAGGGCAAAGGUGUACUCAAAGCUCUUGGCCACAUCAAUGACACUCUUGGACCUGCUCUAAUUGAAUCUGGGCUCAGUGUGGUGGAACAGGAGAAACUGGACAACAUGAUGAUUGAGAUGGAUGGCACAGAGAAUAAAUCUCAAUUUGGUGCCAAUGCCAUUCUGGGGGUGUCCCUGGCUAUUUGCAAAGCUGGAGCAGCAGAAAAAGAAAUUCCCCUGUAUCGCCAUAUUGCCGACCUGGCUGGAAACACAGAACUAGUGCUGCCAGUUCCUGCCUUUAAUGUGAUAAAUGGUGGAUCCCAUGCUGGAAAUAAGCUGGCCAUGCAGGAAUUCAUGGUGCUUCCUGUUGGGGCAGAGUCAUUUCGUGAUGCUCUGCGUGUUGGGGCUGAGCUCUAUCAGACUCUGAGAGGCGUGAUCAAGGAGAAGUAUGGACAGGAUGCCACUAAUGUGGGUGAUGAAGGCGGUUUUGCCCCAAAUAUCCUAGAGAACAGUGAAGCUCUUGAAUUGAUUAAGACUGCCAUAGACAAGGCAGGUUUCACAGACAAGGUUGUGAUUGGGAUGGAUGUAGCAGCUUCUGAAUUCUACCGUGAUGGGAAGUAUGACCUUGACUUCAAAUCGCCUCCAGAUCCUGAAAGAAACAUCACUAGUGAGAAGCUCCUAGAGAUCUACCAGAGUUUUGUCAAUGACUUUCCAGUGGUAUCUAUUGAGGACCCCUUUGAUCAGGACGACUGGGCAGCAUGGACUCGGAUGACUGGUUCUGUGGGGAUCCAGAUAGUGGGUGACGACUUAACAGUAACAAACCCAAAGAGGAUAGAGAAAGCAGCAGAAGAACGUGCUUGCAACUGCCUGCUUCUGAAGGUCAACCAAAUCGGCACAGUCACAGAGGCCAUCCAUGCGUGUAAGCUGGCCCAGGCCAAUGGCUGGGGUGUGAUGGUCAGCCAUCGCUCUGGAGAGACAGAGGACACAUUCAUUGCAGAUCUGGUAGUUGGACUCUGCACUGGACAGAUCAAGACUGGAGCUCCAUGUAGAUCUGAGCGUCUGGCCAAAUACAAUCAGUUGAUGAGGAUUGAGGAAGAGUUGGGCGAUCAAGCCAGAUUUGCUGGCCACAACUUCAGAAAUCCAAGUGCUCUGUGAAAUGUCCUGUGGCUA